CACCAAUCAACAAUUGCAAUUCCACCACCAUGGCCGCCGACCAACCACCGACGUCGUUGAAGCGACCUGCGGACAGCACCGCGAGCGGCAACGGCGGACACAAGAAGAAGAAGCCUAAAACCAAUGGUGGUGGUCCAAAGAAGCCACUUCCCAUUGCCGCUGGCAGCAACUGGGCCAAGCUCAAGCCACUCGUAGUAGCUGCCAACGCGAAGCCAGCAGCGACCCACAACAAGACCAACGUCCCCCAGAAGAAGAACGACCUGCGCCACGUCAAGAGCAAAAAGGUCACGUCGGAUAAGAAACCGAAAAAGUCUCAAACCAUCGACUGGAUCGACUCGAACCUGAUUGUCGCGAUGGAUUGCGAAAUGGUCGGCGUCGGCGUCGGUGGCACGCGCAGCGUGCUCGCUCGAUGCAGUAUCGUCGACUUUAACGGUGACGUGGUGUACGACGAGCACGUCAAGCCGCUGGAAAAGGUCACGGACUACCGCACCCACGUCAGUGGGAUCCGAUCCAAGUCGUUUCGGAAUGCGAUUUCGUUUGCCCAGUGCCAAGUGGACGUUGGCGCGAUUCUCAAGGACAAAAUUCUAGUGGGGCAUGCCGUUCGCAACGAUCUGCAGGCGUUGAUGUUGACACAUCCCAAGCCAAUGUUGCGCGAUACGACCAAGUACCGCCCGUAUAUGCGACGGAGGGUGAACGGCACGAAACUGCUGCCGAAAGCAUUGCGACAUUUGGCGUUGGAAGUGUUGGACAAAACGAUCCAAGCUGGCGAGCACGACUCGGUGAUCGAUGCACGCACGACGCUCGAGCUAUACAAGAAGGCGAUGGUGCCGUGGGAGAAGGCGCUCAAAGCGUCCAAAGUCCCCGGGGGGCUAGUGGGGGUCGUUCCCGUGAACGUCCAGGCGAAGGACAAGGCCGACAAGGCCAAGCGCGCGGCGGCGGGGCUGGGCGAAGACUCGGACGAUGACUUUGAAGCCGCCGUGAAACACAUGCAGGACAAGUCUGUCGUGACCAAGUCGUCGUUGCGCAUUCCAGAUGCCCAUGCGCUUGUCAUGCAGGAAUACGACGAGUAAUUCCAAAUGCAAAUAUACUACCUACACCCGUCA